AUGAGUUCAAAAAUUCCCCGGCUGAAACCUGUUCCCUACAAAGAGUCGGACUUAUAUCAACCAUUGCUAGCACCUCAAUUAGGGCCAGGCUGCGGCACAACUGAGGAUAUUCCCUACAAUAAAAGAGAUUUCAAGUAUAAACCAUGUCGACCUAAUCCGUUUUUACUUUCCAAGAUGUAUUCUACUACAGAUUUGCCUCCUUAUAAAGGCAGGUUUUCCUAUUUCGAUAGAUCACAGAGAAUGUGCAUAAAUGAGGAUUGUGAUCAAUGUACAUCUGAAGAUUGUUGGAGAUCAGUGAAAGGUUCACUACCUAUACGUCAAGGCAGGGUAUAUGUGGAGUUUAAAAUUCUAAACUCUGAGGGAGAUUCCCACGUUAGACUGGGGUUUGGUAGAAGAGAAGCCUCUUUAGAAGCACCAGUUGGUUACGAUGCUUAUGGUUACGGCUUCAGAGAUCUGACUGGGCAGAAGGUUCAUUUGAGUAGACCUCAAGAUUUCAUGGGUAGCUUUGGUACGGGUGAUACUAUUGGGUUACUGAUACAAUUAGCUGACAGAAUAAAGAUUGACGAUAUUGACCGAGACGAAAUUCCUAUUAAAUAUAAGAACCAGCUGUUUUUCGAACAGUAUGACUAUGUAGUGACGAAACCUAUGGAUCAUUUAUUGAACCCAGUGACCGUGUUUGGUGAGAAAGCUAUUCCCGAUAAAGACAGAUACAAGCCUCCCGUAAUACAGGGAUCAUUUAUCAAAGUUUUUGUGAAUGGAGAACCAAAAGGAACUGCUUUUGAGAAUCUUUAUGAGUUUCUUCCGCCAGCUUCGGAAUUAAAGAAAGGUGCCAGAGAUGAUGGUUCUUUGGGCUAUUAUCCCAUGGCCAGUUGUUUCAGAGGAGGGAAAGUACAGUUAAACACAGCUAAUAAACCUGAAUUUGCUCCUCAAGGAGAGAAAGAAUACCUAAUGUACAACGAAUUGUACGAUGACUCCAAAAUAGAAGAAUAUGUGUGGGACUUGAUUGAUGAGGUCGAAAGUGCAUGGUUGGAUGAACUUGGAUUAUGA